GAUCAACAUAAAAACGUGGUUCACUUCCACUCUUUAAGCCUCGAAUGAAUCUUCAUUUCAACCCGUCCCUCUUCAGUCUCUUCACAAACCUUGAAGGUCUUUCACUCUUUCCCAUCUCUAUCGUUCCAUCUCCAUCUGGUUUAGUUGGGUUGAGAAGAUUGAAGGUGUUGGCAAUGUUGAAGAACAAGGAGGAGCAGGAGCUCCAACAUCUCCCCGAACAUGUUGUGCUCAACAUUCUCUGCCGCUUGCCGGUCAAGUCCUUGAUCCGCUUCACUUGUGUCUCAAAACGCUGGCGCUCUCUUAUCAUUUCCGACCCCCAAUUUGGCAACUCCCAUUUCCAACUAGCAGCAUCUCACCUCCGUCACAGUGUCUUGAUUUCAGCAGGUACAACACCCCCUGAGAUGUUACGCUCUCGAUUUCUAUCCUUAUCAGAAGAUAACUUAUUGAACAGAAAUCUCAACUGGCCAAGGCCAUCCGAGUCGUAUAGCGACAUUCUAGUAAUAGGCUCUUGCAAUGGUUUGCUAGUUUUAGGCUACUGCAAUUCCCAUCGCAAUGGACUAAGUUCUUUACCUCUAGGCCAACGAUAUUGUCGUUAUUUUGAACGUUUGGUGAUCUGGAACCCAUCAACUGGAUUCUUCCGCGAGAUACCUUGUCCAAAUUUUCAGAUGGGGAUGGUAAAAUUGAGAGAAGCAAAGCAAGAGAGGGAAAUGAGCCGUGUAUAUUAUGGUUUUGGUCAAGUCUCGGCCUCCGACGACGACUACAAACUUGUGGUGAUACAAAGUUUGGGUGAUUUUAUGGUAGUACAUGUGUUCUCAGUCAGAGCCAACUGUUGGAAAAUUGUUAAAGCUUGUUACUUGUCGUCAUACCGCCUCUGGUCUGAAGAAUUGGGGACUUAUUCAAAUGGAGCAAUUCAUUGGGUCAGUAACCGUGAACCUGGGAUUUUCGAGCCACCUGUGUAUGCUUUUGAUCUGGCAAAUGAGGAGUUUCGGGAAAUGCCAUUGCCUGUUCUUAGCCGUAAUGAAGAUGGCAUGGAAAUGACGCAAAUUAGAACUCAAGUUCUUUUAGGAGGAUGUCUUUGUGUGAUGUUUCAGGAUGUGACGUUUCAGGACACUAAAAAGUAUACUGAAUUUUGGGUGAUGAAAGAGUAUGGGAUGCCUGAGUCUUGGGUUAAACUCUUUGGGUUUAAUGUACAUGAUUUACCAGAUGUGUUUGAUUCAUUAUAUAAAUGCCAUUUUUGGGAUCCUAUUUUCAUUGCAGAAGACGGUACAGUUGUGAUCAAACUGCGUUCCUGGUCGGAGCUCAUCUGGGUUAAAUGCCGCAAAGAAGAGAAGCCAGUCUGCACCAUCCGGUACCGUCUUGAAGAGGUGCUGGGAUAUAAGUAUGGAUUUGAUGCCAUUUUGUAUGAUGAAACUCUAGUUUCGAUACCUGAGGAUUAUGGUGAUUCAUGUGGCUUGAGACUCAGAGGCCUGAAAAUCUAAGAAGCAAGAGCGGAGAUGAAGAGGGAUUGCUACGUGCAUUCUAUUGCUGGUUUCUUUUUGGGUUUUAACUAUUGUAAUUUGGAUUGCAUUCUAUUGCUGGUUUCUAUUUUAGGUAUUGUAAUUUGGAUUCUCCACCUUUGAUUAACGAUCCUUCUACUUUGUUUCACAAUGAGCUAUGUUUUUGUGUGUUGAUGUGGAAUUGAGGAGCCAGAAACGAACUUUUACUGCUA